CGGAGCUGGAUCAAACUCUGUCAAACAGAACAUGAAGGUUGCUUAACUCCGACCUCGCCUCAGCUUCCAUCACGGUAUCUAGACGUCGGAUUGAGCGAUUCAGAUCCCGUGAAACUAGUCAUUUCCAAUGGCGAACAUGGGGAGUACGCGUGCCUGAGUCAUUGUUGGGGUAGUUCGCAUCCCUGCACUUUGACAGAAGAAACCAGAGCAGAAUACACUAAGAAAAUUCGCAAAAGCAAUCUUACACUAGUGUUCUCUGACGCAAUAAAGGUCUGUAAGAAGCUUGGCUUAAGAAGACUCUGGAUUGAUUCGUUCUGCAUAUAG